AUGGGAAACCUGUCUUUGAAUAAGGCCUGGAAUAGCUCAUCAGUGACCGUGUUCAUCUUCCUGGGAUUUGCAGAUCAUCCAGAACUCCAAGCUGGACUCUUUGUGACUUUCCUGGGCAUCUAUCUUGUAACACUGGCCUGGAAUCUGGCUCUCAUCUUUCUGAUCAGAGGUGACACCCAUCUGCACACACCGAUGUACUUCUUCCUCAGCAACUUAGCCUUCAUUGACAUCUGUUACUCUUCUUGCGUGGCUCCUAAGAUGCUUAUUGACUUCUUCCGAGAGAGGAAGGCUAUAUCAUUCCUAGGCUGCGCUGCCCAGUUUUUUUUCUUUGUUGGCAUGGGUCUGACUGAGUGCAUCCUCCUGACAGCCAUGGCCUAUGACCGCUAUGCAGCCAUCUCUAGCCCCCUUCUGUAUACGGCCAUCAUGUCCCAGGAUGUCUGUGUGCGGAUGGUAGCUGGGGCAUAUGUCUGUGGCUUCCUGAGCUCCCUGAUACAGGCCAUCUCCAUAUUCCGACUCCACUUCUGUGGACCAAAUGUCAUCAACCACUUUUUCUGUGACCUCCCUCCAGUCUUGGCACUUUCUUGCUCCAACACCUUCUUUAGUCAAGUGGUGAAUUUCCUCGUGGUGGUCAUUGUUGGGGGAACAUCAUUUCUCAUCCUCCUGAUCUCCUACAGCUACAUAGUGUCCGCUGUCCUGAAGAUCCACUCUGUGGAAGGUCGGUGGAAAGCCUUCAGCACGUGUGCCUCACAUCUGAUGGUAGUGACCCUGUUGUUUGGGACCGCCCUUUUCAUGUACCUGCGACCCAGUUCCAGUUACUCAUUCAGCAGGGACAAGGUGGUGUCUGUGUUCUAUUCUCUGGUAAUUCCCAUGCUGAACCCUCUCAUCUACAGUUUAAGGAACAAGGAAAUCAAGGAGGCCCUGUGGAAAGCGAUGGAGAAGAAGAAAGUGUUUUUCUAA